AUAAGAAUGAAAUCUAAAUAGUGGCCUAGAAAAGAAACAUUUGUGUAAAUCAACAGUAUUUUAGUUGAGUCAUGAGCAUUUCUUGGAAUGUUGAAGGAAAAUAAGUAUACUCACUUCCCCCUUCCACCUAUACAUGUAUGGAAAACUACAAAGAACUUGGAUUGGAGCUGCAUAGUGUUUUUUAUUUGUAUUUGUAAAAAAUGGCAGAUGUUGAUGACAUUCAACCUCUUGUUUGUGACAAUGGAACUGGCAUGGUCAAGGCUGGUUUUGCUGGAGAUGAUGCCCCGAGGGCAGUUUUUCCUAGCAUUGUUGGGCGUCCUCGUCACACUGGAGUUAUGGUUGGGAUGGGGCAGAAGGAUGCCUAUGUUGGAGACGAAGCACAAUCGAAACGUGGUAUUCUCACAUUGAAGUAUCCUAUCGAACAUGGUAUCGUGAAUAACUGGGAUGACAUGGAGAAGAUUUGGCAUCACACAUUCUACAAUGAACUUCGAGUUGCUCCAGAAGAGCAUCCGGUUCUGCUCACUGAGGCACCUCUCAAUCCAAAGGCUAAUCGUGAGAAAAUGACUCAAAUAAUGUUCGAAACCUUCAAUUGCCCUGCAAUGUAUGUUGCAAUUCAAGCUGUUCUGUCUUUAUAUGCUAGUGGUCGUACUACUGGUAUUGUUUUGGAUUCCGGAGAUGGUGUUAGCCACACAGUUCCUAUCUAUGAAGGUUAUGCACUUCCUCAUGCGAUCCUUCGUCUUGACCUUGCUGGCCGUGACCUGACAGAGCAUUUGGCAAAGAUCCUCACCGAGCGUGGAUACUCAUUCACCACCAGUGCUGAGAAGGAAAUUGUGAGAGACAUGAAAGAGAAGCUGGCAUACAUUGCUCUUGACUUUGAGCAGGAGUUGGAUAUGGUUAAGUCAAGCAGCUCUGUCGAGAAGAACUUUGAACUCCCAGAUGGUCAAGUGAUUACCAUUGGAGCUGAACGUUUCCGAUGCCCAGAAGUGCUAUUCCAGCCUUCCACAAUCGGAAUGGAAGCUGCUGGUAUCCAUGAGACAACAUACAACUCUAUAAUGAAGUGCGAUGUUGAUAUAAGGAAGGAUCUGUACGGGAACAUUGUACUUAGUGGUGGAUCCACUAUGUUUCCUGGUAUUGCUGACAGAAUGAGCAAGGAGAUCACCGCGUUAGCCCCUAGCAGCAUGAAGAUUAAGGUUGUCGCGCCCCCUGAAAGGAAGUACAGUGUCUGGAUAGGAGGUUCCAUCUUGGCAUCCCUCAGUACCUUCCAGCAGAUGUGGAUUGCUAAGGCAGAGUUUGAUGAGUCUGGCCCAUCAAUUGUGCAUAGGAAGUGCUUCUGAUCAAAGCAAAGAUAAUUUGUCUCUUUGAUAUCGCGUAUAUGACUAUGUUCUUUUUGUUUUAUGUUUCUUGAUAGCAGAUUUUGGAUAGUUACUAUUGCCUGUUGAACUAAUUUCAAGUUUCUAGUUUCAUUUGAUUGUCAACGAUGAUGUUGUCAAAUUUCCAUGUCCUCAUUCAUUUUUCUCUUAAUUUUUUUUUUUUAAGUCCAGGAGGACUAAUGUAAUAAGUUGUUCAACUCACUCGAAGUGUGCUUUUCA